AUGUCUUUUCCGUGCCCCACAGAGAUAGCGCCGGACGUCUGGGAACGACUUGACGCUCAAAUGCAAGCAAGCUUUCAUGCAGCGUUGUUUGCAUCUGACGAGGUGCAGCCGCCCGUCCACGAUGCCAGCCGUGAUGGGCCCCAAGGAGAUCCGUACCCGCCGCAAGAGUACCAAGAACCAGUCAUAGACCCAAAAUUACAGCAGCUCAGCGCAGCCAGCUUUUCGGAACAGAGAACACGGUCACAAGGACGGCCCGGGAUGCCAGUGCAACCAACGGCAAGAACCCAGAGCCCAGAGCGGCAGCGCCAGAAGCCUUGCAGACCCAGAGGUGUGCCGAGAGUGACUGGGGCGAAUACCGGUCCAAGUCAAGGCCCAGGACAUAGAGCGAUGGCGAUGGCGCAGACUUACGGACCUGGACCAAGUUUCCUCGCACCACCAUCCCUUGGUCCGAACCAGAACCGUUAUCUGCAGCCUCCACCUUCUGCAUGGGUUGACCCUGCUGAUGGUAGGGCUGCCAAACGCUUCCGGCAGGCAAACGACAUGACUGGUUAUGGAUCCUCCACAUCCAUGGCUUUUGACCCCAGGUUUCCACCUGGCCACCCUCCUGCAAAUGAUACCAGAUAUCUUAUCCCCUUCGGAGCGUCGCUACCACAUCAACCUUUGACACAUGAUGGAAGAGCAGUACCAACCGUGGAUGAAGACGCUCCGGUAGCGGGCAGACGGCCAAGUGCAUGGGUCACGAGGCAACUCCGUCAGCAUCACGACAUUGUUGAGUCGCCCCUACCGGCAUCAGGAGGAGAGAAGCCUUCAGAAAAUGAUGGGAACGUACCAGCUAAGAGCUACACGGCCUGGCAACAACUCUUGAAGCCCGGAUCGAAGUUGAAUGACAUCGAGAAGGCUGCAAAGAAGGAGUUAUCCAGGAUCACUCACCGUGUAUUUCGGACCAUUUGCGGCGUCAGCGUAAGGGAUCCCUGGCCAGCUCCGGAUGUGAUCAGAAGGCAGCCGAAUACCGAUGAGGAGUAUUACACACCUCACUUCCGUAAGGGCGUCACGGACCCCAAGAACACCGAGAUCUUCGACAGAGUUGCUGACGUGGAUCCAUCAAUUCGAGCUGAAGAACUGAGUGACGCAAGUAUCUACUACAACCGAAGGACACUUUACGGUUUCGCGAAGUCGGCUUUCGAAGGCUUCAAACCCAAAGCGCAAGCGCAGACGGAUAUCGCGAAAGCAGAAGCCCUACGUAAAAACAGCAGUACCACGCGGCGGCUCGCCCGCCGUCAGCUCAAGACGGUUAAACGUCUUCAGAGUGUCACAGAGAUGUUCGCACUCGAAUUCAACUGGGACCCAUCACCGCUGCUCCAAGUUGAUUGGGUUUCCGAUUACGCCUCAGGUCCUGAAGAUGGAUUCACCGAGACUCAGGAAGAGUGGCAAGGACGCAUGGCACAUGAGGCGGGAAUAGACCUGGAGAACCCGGUCUUGAAGGACUGGACUCUUUGGGAGCGAAUUGAGCCAAAGUGGCGGUCCAACACUGUGAACUGGAUCUUCGCGUUGCUAGAGGAAUUCUGGUGGGACAACCUGGACGUCAAGUCCAAGAAGAAGAUCCGGGCUAUCAAGGUCAAAAAUACGGGCCGAAGCACAUACCAGCCGCCAGCUACAGUUCCAUACGAUUUCGCGAUCUCCUCGCACUGGUGGAAGUCGCAUAGAGAUAAGUAUAAAGACUUCAUAUCUGGCUGGACUGAGUGCGGCAAUCCCGAGGGCUAUGACGAGACUCUAGGUGCAAGGAUUGCAGAGCACGAUCGGCAGCUCAAAUACGACAAAGCAGCGAAGGAAGGAGGCCGCGAAGGUACUGUCGAUACUAGCAGGGACGCGAGCCUCGACAACCGUAUGGACCCGAGUGAUAACGAACCUAGGGACUCAAGUGAAGCUGAUAUCAAUGACAACACUGAUGAAGAUACUUACAACGGCGACUGGGUCCAACAUGCUGAUCGCAGUAGCUCAGCCCAAGCUUCAGACUCUGCUCAACUGGCUAGUGUGGUGACCUCCGUUCGACGAAAGGCUGGCAGCACUUCACUGACUUCACGCGCACACAGUAAGCGCUCUUGCUCGACGGCAUCUGACCUUGGCGGUGGUUCUUGCGCGGGGGGCGAGGAUACUGACAGCGAGCUCGAGUACACGCCGUAG